UAUAAAAAAAGAAAUCUCGAUCAGAAUAUACGGAAUCUGAUUACGACAAAACAGCGCAUUGCAUAUAUCUGCAAGAGGAUUGGGUUACUUAUAAAACCGGUUCCAAUAAAUAGAAUAGCCAGAACUGAAAACAUUAGUUCACAAGAAGUAUUGUAACGAAAAUGAGCGGUGCUCUUGGUUUGCUCAAUUUACUAUUUCUACUAUGCAGUGCGCAAAAAAUGGAAUUCAACGUAGAAUACAAAUGGACCCAUUUGAACUACACGUGGCCAUCGCAGGAAGUUUACGAUCAAGCCGUGAAGGAUGGAGCAUAUGUUCCGGAGAAUAACGCUCCGGUUGGCAUUAAAUUCUACAAGGAUAAACUGUAUUUGGCUUUGAUAAGAAUUAGAUCAGGUACACCAAUUACGCUGGCUUAUAUAGAAAAGGAUGCACCCAUUAAAUUUAAUCAACUAUUAACUCCAUUUCCAUCAUGGCAAAUGAAUGCUAAAUACGAUUGCAAAACUCUGCAGAACGUACAGAGCAUGGAGAUCGAUAAGAACGGUAUCAUGUGGGUCUUAGAUGGUACAAGGAUCAGUUCGAUAACUUCAUGUCCAGCCAAGUUAGUGCUAUUGGAUUUGAAUGAUAACGGAAAAGUCCUUCACACUUACGUUUUUCCUGAAGAACUUGCUCUGAGUCAAGGUGGAUUUCUCAAUGACAUUGUGCUGGAUGAAAGCGACGGGGGUUUCGCUUACAUAACAGAUAACUCCAAUAUAGAUCCUGGUCUUAUAGUCUAUUCUAAAAAUCAGAACAAGGCUUGGAAGUUCAGAGACGCGACGAUGUUUCCAGAGUUGCAUUCCACCCCUUACAAAGUUAAUGGUAUCGAGAUAAAAGGACGUGUUCCCAUAGAUGGGAUAGCUUUAUCGCCAGUAAAAAAUGAAAACAGAUUCGUUUAUUAUACACCCCUGACUGGAUACAAUAUGUACGCAAUUAAUACGAAGAUUUUAAAAGAUGAAACGAAUCUGCAUCUCGGAAACUGGAGGAAGGACGUCAAGUUUGUAGGUAUAAAAUCUUCGCAUACUGAUGGAAUGAUAAUGGAUAACAAAGGAAACUUAUUUUAUGGUUUGUUGCAAUCUUACGGGAUAGGCAAAUGGAAUGAAAAUAAAACCUUCCGCACUGCAAAACAAAUUUACCAAAACAAGAACGAACUUAUUUGGCCAGAUACCUUUGCCAUGGACUCAUCGGGAAACCUCUUCGUACUAUCAAACCAAAUAGUGAGGUAUAUAGAUACAAGCAAUUCUUUGAAACUUGAUAAAGAAAUCAAGUUUAGAAUUUUACAAACACAUACUGGAAAUAAUAACAUGUUAGUUUUUUGUAUACUGUUAGUUAUUGCGAGGUUAGGGUGGUGUUUGAACCUGAGCGUAGAUUAUGAAUGGAAUUAUAUCAAUUUCACGUGGCCGACUUUUGUGGAGUAUAAUUACGCAAGUUAUAAGCAGAAUUACAUUCCGGAAAAUAACGUUCCUACGUGUAUUCGGAUCUAUGACGAGAGGCUUUACGUGGCGCUAGGGAGGUUGUUUCCUGGAACACCGGUAACUUUGGCUUCUAUGAGCGCCAAGUCGGAUAAGUACAAUAAGGAUAAUCCAAUUUUGGCCCCUUUUCCGGAUUGGGAUACUAACGUCAAAUGCAACUGCUCGACGCUGCAGAACGUUUACACAUUUGAUAUUGAUCGAAAAGGCGUUAUGUGGAUUGUGGAUGGUGUAAGAAAUAACAACUUGACGGAAUGCCCGGCGAAAUUGGUGUUAUACAGUCUAAGAUCCAAAAAGUUUAUUUUAUCGCAUAUUUUCUCAGAAUCUAUAGCAAAGGAAGCAUUUCUAACAGAUAUAGCUGUAGAUGUUAAUUACGCUUAUAUAGCUGAUAAUAGCAAGCUCGAUCCUGGAUUGAUAAUUUAUUCUAGGAGCAAAGAUAAGUCAUGGAAAUUAAGAGAUGACUCCAUGUUUCCGCAGCAGGCGGCAGUCAAUUUCACCAUCGAUAAAAAGCAAGUGGACUUUUACUCCGGUAUAUAUGGAAUCGCUUUAUCACCGGAACGCAACCAUUACACUAGGCGUCUCUAUUUCAACUCUAUUAGCAGCUACAACAUCUACCACAUAAGUACCAACAUUAUUCAGGACGAAUAUAAUACGAAGAACAGCGACUGGAGAAAGUACGUUGACUUCGCCGGAAAGAAAAUAGAUCAGAGCGUCGGUUUGAUCAUGGACCCCAAAGGAAAUCUGUUCUUUAAUCUAAUACACAAUCGAGCGUUGGCCAAGUGGAAUGUCUACCAGAAAUUCAGCACGGCCCGAAUCAUAAUGAAACAUAAUUACUUUGAUUGGUGCGACGGUUACUCGUUCGACACCAACGGAAACCUGGUAAUCUUAUCGAACGAAAUUGGGAAAUACUUGGCGACGAAACCCAAGCGGAACACGAAGGCAGUCCACUUCCGUAUACUACGAUUGUCGACAAAGAAAUAAUCGGAUGUAAAUUUAUUUUUCAUUAUCAAAUUAAUAAAUUAUUUAAAAAUCUUUUACAAAUGGAAGGAUUCGUGUUCAGAGGCCGAAUCU